AUGAUACCUCGACAGCCAUACGCUCCAACGCCUCAUAGCUAUGUCCCUAACACGACGCUGUCGGCCACGAUCAAUCUUGAUGAAGAGGUGAAGCUCACCGAGACACGCGCGGAGCGCGACUUGCAAGACUCGCUGGCCGAGAUAUUCAGCAUCAUUGUCACGAUUGACGAGCUCGAAAAGGCCUUUCUCAAGGAUGCGAUCCCCGAAGCGGACUACACCGAGAUUUGCGAGCGGUCGCUGAAGCAGUACAAGUCGCUGGUGGCCGAUGAAACGGUAGCAAAAGCGUUUGUGGGACUGGAGGAAUUCAAGGCCGAGUGGGAUCUCGAGGUUCCCCGUGCGACGGAGCGGAUACGGGUGGGGAUGCCAUCGACGGCCGUGACUACAACCUCGGGUCCGCCUGCUGCGCCCGCCGCGGCGGGUAAUACCAGCGGCACCUUGAUUUUAGAGGCGACGCAGGAUUUUAUCACAUUUUUGGAUGCCUUGAGGCUUGGAUUGUUGGCCAAGGACCAGCUACACCCGCUCCUGACAGACGUGAUCCAGUCGGUGAACAAGGUGACAGACAGGGACUUCGAGAAUAGGGGCAAGAUUGUGCAGUGGCUCAUUACGCUGAAUCAGAUGAAGGCUACAGAAGAGCUGAGCGAGGACCAAGCGCGGGAGCUGGAGCUAGACAUCAACUCUGCCUACCAAGGGUUCAAGAGUACCCUCUCGUAAAGCACACUGUUCAAAAGCCCCGUCUGACAUGCUCCCAUGUGGCUGGAUCAAUCACCCGGCUGCCUUACAGUUUGCGUUCCGCAUCUUAUCUAUAUCAAAAAGGUCCAGAAGCUCGGAUAUAC